UGACUAUAGUUUUAAUCCACUAAUCUAGUUCAAAUGUAUUAAAGUAAAUGAUUCAUGUGAAGAAUAAUCAUUCGAAUUGUUGUCAUGUAUAGAACAACUUAAAGAUUUAAAGAAAAUUCAUUUGAAACACUUAAAUAUUCAUUAUAACAAAACAACAACAACAACAUGAAUUUGGAUAAUAUUAAACGAAGACAGUUUAUGUUGAUGUAGAAAAUCUUUGUCAUUAUCAUUAUCACCUUCUUCAUCAACAUCUUCGUCAACAUCAUCAAGAUUUUCAUCAGGAUCAGAUUCAUGUGACUUGUCGUUGACAACUUCAUCAGUAACUUAUUCAAUAUCUGAAUUAUCAACGAAUGAUCAUCCGCCUCCACCUUAUCCUCCACCUUAUCCUCCUCAUCAAGUAAAUAUGAUUCAUUGUGAAAAUUCAUUAACAACUAAAAAUAAUUCAAAAUAUCGUAAAGAUUUUUUAAGAAAAUUUCGAUUAGACAAUUCAUCAUGGUUAUUUUCAUGUAAUAAUCAUAAAUAUAAAGAAUGUUCUAAGAAGAAAAUGACACUACAAUUCACUGAACAAUUACAGAUAGAGUCUACAUUGAACUUAUUAGAUAACAUUGAUCCCGAUCAACUAUACUGUAUCCUAACUGAAGUGAUUCAUCAAUUAUUCAAUACAAGUGUAAGAACUAUUGAUUGUAAUUUACUAUGA